GGGUUUUGUUCGCUGCUGCACUGCCACGACGGUGACGACGACGGAAUCCGGCGAACGACAAGAAGAAGAGCCCAACUAAAGGACUGGCUUUCAUAACAAUAACAAUAUAACAUGCUCCCAAACAUAUAAACUGUUUGAAUAUCUGAUCUCUUCAAGGGGUUGGACCUCCAAAGAUCACUUUGAACCUGAGGUUUUAGUUGACUGCUUUGCAGCUUAGUGAAAAGGAAUGGGUAAGGCAAAGGGUGGAUCUAUUUUCAUCAGACUUGUCUCAGCUGCAGGGACAGGAUUCUUCUAUGUGAAGCGGAAGAAUCCUCGGAAGAUCACAGAAAAGCUUGAGUUCCGUAAGUAUGAUCCUCGUGUGAAUCGUCAUGUUUUGUUUACAGAAGCAAAGAUGAAGUGAGUGCUGCUUUGAUAUGGAUUGAUGUGUCCCUUUAUUCCAAAGAAAAUUUACCAAUGUUUCAAAAAUUUGUGAGUUAUUUCAUGGUGACUGGUUAUAUGUUUUAAGCUUAUUACCAUCUAAUCACUACUGGUCUGCAAUAUACGCUUUGUGCCUUUGAUCCUGUUGCACAGUGGACAUGAGUUUUUAAUUCUCAGUAA